AAGUGGUGGGAGUGGGACAAAACUUGGUCCAAUUCUUCUGGCUUUUGUAUUUGAGUAUUAAAAUCGGAAGGAAGCGUGUCUUCGGAUCCCUUGACCACAAAAUUGCGUCCGUACCAAACGAGUGCUCAACUCUUCCAUUUUCGCGCGCACCAUACUACGAGGAUAGCCAAAACUCUGCGCCAAGUGCCAACUGCUGCAGCCUUUCGCUCUUUCGUGUUUCAAUGUUGUUGUGAAUUGUGGUUCGGGCAUUUGCAUCGACUCGCUCCGUCUUCUCCCUUCCGUUUCGAUCGACAAAACUCAUCGGGGAGGGGAGGCAUUUUGGGGAAACAUGUGGGUGUUCUAUCUGAUCUCCUUGCCUUUGACUUUGGGCAUGGUGAUCGUCACGCUCAAGUACUUUGCUAGCCCAUGGGUGCCUCGUUACGUCUUUCUUACAGUCGGAUAUACCUGGUUCUGUUCCCUCUCCAUCAUUAUCCUCGUCCCGGCGGACAUUUGGACGGCCACAAGUCAUCUGCCAGAGACUAGAGUAAUUUCUUUCUUUUGGAGCUGGUCCUAUUGGAGUACAUUCUUACUUACCUGGGCUGUGGUGCCACUUAUCCAGGGUUUUGAAGAUGCAGGAGACUUCACCGUGAAAGAAAGACUGAAGACCAGCAUCCGUUAUAACUUGGUCUUUUAUUUGGUUGUUGGAUCCAUAGGUCUUUUUGGACUGCUUCUCCUCAUCACAAUGCACAAGAUUUGGCAUGGCGGUGUUCUGGGUUUUGCUAUGGCCUGCUCAAAUACAUUUGGAUUGGUAACAGGUGCAUUUCUUCUCGGCUUUGGUCUGAGUGAAAUUCCCAAGAGUAUUUGGAGAAAUGCGGAUUGGACUACACGCCAAAAAGUUCUUUCCCAUCAAAUAUCCAAGAUGGCUGUUAAACUUGAUGAUGCUCAUCAAGAACUCUCAAAUGCUAUCGUUGUUGCUCAAGCAACAUCUAAGCAGAUGUCCAAACGCGAUCCCCUGAGACCUUACAUGAAUGUCAUUGACAACAUGUUAACUCAAUUGUUUAGGGAAGAUCCAUCUUUCAAACCCCAAGGUGGAAGAUUAGGAGAAAAUGAUAUGGACUACGAUACAGAUGAAAAAUCAAUGGCAACGCUUAGGCGUCAUCUUCGCAGAACAAGAGAGGAGUAUUACCGGUAUAAAAGCCAAUAUAUGACCUAUGUUAUGAAGGCCCUUGAACUUGAAGACACAAUAAAGAAUUAUGAACGACGCUCGUCAACUGGAUGGAAAUAUGUUUCAACCCUCAGACAUGAUCGAAAUGGGAAGUUGGGGUCGAUCUUCGAUACACUUGAAUUUAUAUGGCGGUGCAUCCUCAGAAAGCAUCUUCAGAAAGUCUUGGCAGUUGUACUUGGUAUCAUGUCCGCUGCAAUUCUAUUAGCUGAGGCCACCCUGUUACCGAGUGUCGAUUUAUCUCUUUUCUCAAUGCUUAUUAAAUUGGUCGGACAAGAGGAGGUGCUUGUGCAGGCCUUUGCUUUUGUUCCAUUGAUGUAUAUGUGUGUGUGCACGUAUUAUUCUUUAUUCAAGUUUGGAACUUUGAUGUUCUAUUCAUUAACCCCAAGGCAAACAAGCUCUGUGAACUUGCUAUUAAUUUGUUCAAUGGUUGCCAGAUAUGCUCCACCAAUUUCAUUCAACUUUCUCAAUCUCAUUCGUCUUGGUGGGAACGUGAAAACUGUUUUUGAAAAGAGGAUGGGUAAAAUUGAUGAUGCCGUCCCUUUCUUCGGGAAAGAUUUUAAUAGGAUCUACCCGCUUAUUAUGGUUGUCUACACCAUUUUGGUUGCCAGCAAUUUCUUUAACCGGGUUAUUGAUUUCCUCGGGAGCUGGAAGAGAUUUAAAUUUCAGUCAGAGGUAGAUGAUGUGGAUGGAUUUGAUCCUUCAGGAGUAAUUAUAUUGCAGAAAGAACGAUCUUGGCUUGAACAAGGUCGCAUGGUUGGUGAGCACGUUAUUCCAUUAGCUAGGAAUUUCAACAGCAUAGAUUUGGAGUCUGGCAGCAGCAAUAGCACAGGUUUGCUUGAUGUCAAAGCGAAGGCAAGAAACAAUCUAAUAAAUGAAGACAUGAAUGGAAAUUCGUCAAAAUCUUCAGUUGAUGAGGGUCGGAAAUAUGGUUCGAGCAGAGAAGCCAUGAGCAACAAGUAUGCAGUUAUUAGAGAGCAAAUUAGACAAUCAUCAUUAAACACAAAGCCAGUGGCGAACAUUGCUUCUGCCAAGGUUACCUUACUUGAUACAGUAGAUGGCGAAUCUAGCAGUACCAGUGAAAAUACAACGUCUGGUUUGGCCUCAAAGUGGGAAUCAAUGAAGAUGGGUUUCCAAAAUUUCAAGGCUAAUAUAGGAACCAAAAAGUUUCUUCCGUUGUCACAAAUUCAAGAAACAAAAUCUCUCCCUCGCCUUGAUUCAUCUCAGUCUCUUGAUGAGAUCUUCCAAAGAUUGAAACAGCCAUCAGAUCAGGGAGGUUAUAGCGACGACGACGGGAUGGAAAUUAAGAGCUCCGGCAGGGAAAUAGAAUUUGAGUGAUUGAGGCCAACUCUAUAACAACCAUUUUUUCUCUUUAGGUUUAAGAAUUAAAGAAUGCUGGUCCUACAGGCCCUUGGUGCCAGUUGAGUUUGUUUACUUGCAGUUGGAUCAUCCCGCAUCUGAACACAUAUUUGGAACGUUAUCCUGCUAUACUGACUCGUACGUAUAUACCACAUACGUAUAUAAGCUGACUGGUUGGGAAGAAAACUGGAGGAUUGAGUUACGCUCACUAAUUGGUCAAACAACCAUGGUCGUAAAAGUUCACAGAGGUCGCAACUGCAAAGGUUUGUAUCUUGGCUGCAUCAGCAUUGCUUUGAUGCUCUGAGUGUUGCUUCAGAACACACAGAUGUCAUACGAUAAUUUUAUGUUGUAUAUCUUUUUCUGGUAUUUUGAUAUUGAUGUCCGAAUGUAAUUGGAAGCUUAGGAAAUGAAGUUGAAAUUCUAGAUACGGAAGAACUUUGAAGGGAACAGUUUCUGAUAUUUUGAUAUUUUCCGUGAAGCUGCAUGUUUCAUAUGGUUUAAAUGACUCGUUGUAUAAGUCAGACAUUGCCGCUUUCAGUGGAAACAAAAAAGAGAAAAGUCAGUCAUUGCCAAAGGAUC